AAGGUCUUGAUCAGUUGAAACAGAACAAAGAAUCGUCUCAGACUCAGAUCACAUGGAAGGUAGAGUAAUCUCACUUGACUCCCUUGUUCACGGCUUAACCACUUUUGUACCUUCUGAUCUAAAGCGGUAACGAUUGGAAAAUCUAUAAAGGUUCAGUUAUAUUGAGGCUAUAUAGUAAUAGUGUUCUUUCAUUCCGGUUAUCUUAUAGUAGUUCGGUUCAGAUUCGAGAUUGUUGGCUUCGGUUUGCCUAAACGGCUAAACCUAAUAGAAAAAAGCCCACACAAAUUUUACUCGGUCUCUUUCUUUCGAUCAGAUGAGAGAAAUGGGUAAAAAAUUGCUUCGUUUCACUCAAACAACAAAAAUAAUAAUACUAAGAAAUUCAAAAAUGGCUGAAGUAGAAGAGGUGAGCUAACCCUAAAGUUUUUAAUCUGUCUUCAACUCUGUGCAGUUUUUUUUUCUUCUUGAUUUAAUUUGCUCAAACCAACGCGUAUGCUUCCCGGAUUCGAUCUCCGAUGAUGGCAGCUGUAGCGACCAAUCGCAAAAACACCAAUUUGCAGGCUGUGAAGAAACGCAAACGCCGAUCCUCGGACAAGCCAGUUUCGUCUUCUAAUAAUGCUAGUAGUACAAUCUCGAGACAUUCAGCGGCGAGAAAAGUCUCCCUCGGACGAGAAUAUCACACCCGCUGCAGAGGAUCCCUUAGAUUCAAGUUAUUAGUUUGUGCUUCAGUUUCUAAAAGGAAACCAAAACCCAAAGAUUGUUGUGGCAAUGAAGAGAUUAAUCAUAAAGCCGCAUUGAGAUUUCAUGAAAAAGAAGAUCGAAAUGAUAGGAAAAUUUUGGUUGAAGAAGAAGAAUCUUCUACUUGGGUUGUUCGGAAUUGUAAAACUGGGUAUAACAACUUGAAAGCAUCGUUGCUCCGCUCUAUUGAGGAACCUUUUAUACCGCUCAAAGAGGAGGAGUUAGCUGAAGUCAAAAGUGCCUUCUCUGCGAGAAAUAGAAUGAAGCUCUUGGUUUCGCAUAGAAACUCCAAUAUUGAUAUCUGUGGAGAAACUUUACAAUGUCUAAUGCCGAGUAGAUGGCUUAACGACGAGGUUAUCAAUCUCUAUCUUGAAUUGCUGAAAGAGAGAGAAACUAGGGAUCCCCAAAAGUACUUCAAGUGUCAUUUUUUCAAUACCUUUUUUUACAUCAAGCUAGUAAGCGGCUCCCGUUACAAUUACCAAGCUGUCAGGAGAUGGACUACCCAGAGAAAGCUGGGAUAUGAUCUUGUUGAUUGUGACAUAAUAUUUGUUCCAAUCCACGGAUGUCUACAUUGGACUCUGGCGGUAAUUAACAAAAGGGAAUGCAAGUUCCAAUAUCUUGAUUCAUUAAAUGGAGUUAAUCCUACAGUUUUGAAUGAUUUGGCAAAGUACUUGGUGGAUGAAGUAAAGGACAAGAGUGGACAAAAUAUUGACGUUAGUUCAUGGGACAUUGAAUAUGUUAAAGACCUUCCCCGGCAACAGAAUGGGUACGACUGUGGGAUGUUUAUGCUUAAAUACAUAGAUUUUUACAGUAGAGGACUGAGGCUACAAUUUAGCCAGAAGGACAUGCCAUACUUCAGGUUAAGAACAGCAAAGGAGAUACUGAGACUGCGAGCCCAAUAAUUAGCCCCAUUUUGGUGACACCAGCUUACUAUUUUACAAGGCCAAUAAUGUUAAUAAUUCUCUUCGUAAAAUCGAUUUUGCUUUGUCGGUGGGUGGCUAGAUAUAUCAUGGCCAUGGCUGCUUCUUGGAAAACUUAAUUCAUUUUUUUUUUUUUUGUUUUUUGGCAAACAGAAUUGAAGUUGAUAGCUUAUUACAAUGAAUACUUUUAAAAGCCAACAAUGUUAUCUCAUAAGCGUCAGAUCAAUAUAUAAUUUUCUUUCA